AUGGCACUUCCCAGAUGCAUGUGGCCAAAUUACGUUUGGAGAGCCGUGAUGGCCUGUGUGGUCCACAGGGGAUCCGGUGCCCCAUUGACUCUCUUCUUGUUGGGAUGUUUGCUACAAACUUUCCAUGUCCUCUCUCAAAAAUUGGAUGAUGUAGACCCAUUGGUUACUACUAACUUUGGCAAGAUAAGGGGAGUUAAGAAAGAACUCAAUAAUGAAAUUUUGGGGCCUGUCAUUCAGUUUCUUGGCGUUCCAUAUGCCGCUCCACCAACAGGCGAACAUCGUUUUCAGCCUCCAGAACCACCAUCUCCCUGGUCUGACAUCCGGAAUGCCACUCAGUUUGCACCUGUGUGUCCCCAGAAUAUCAUUGAUGGCAGAUUGCCUGAAGUUAUGCUUCCUGUGUGGUUCACUAAUAACUUGGAUGUGGUUUCAUCAUAUGUGCAAGACCAGAGUGAAGACUGUCUAUACUUAAACAUCUAUGUCCCAACUGAAGAUGUAAAAAGAAUAUCCAAGGAAUGUGCCAGAAAACCCGGCAAGAAAAUAUGUAGAAAAGGAGAUAUUCGGGACAGUGGGGGUCCCAAACCAGUGAUGGUGUACAUUCAUGGUGGCUCUUACAUGGAAGGUACUGGAAAUCUAUAUGAUGGGAGUGUCUUGGCAAGCUACGGCAAUGUGAUCGUCAUUACAGUCAACUACCGGCUUGGGGUACUUGGCUUCUUGAGCACAGGGGAUCAGGCUGCCAAAGGAAACUACGGGCUCCUUGACCUCAUCCAGGCCCUAAGAUGGACCAGCGAGAACAUUGGGUUCUUUGGUGGUGACCCCUUGCGAAUCACUGUGUUUGGAUCAGGCGCUGGGGGUUCGUGUGUCAAUCUGCUGACUUUAUCCCAUUAUUCUGAAGGUAACCGUUGGAGCAAUUCAACCAAAGGACUUUUUCAACGAGCAAUAGCUCAGAGUGGAACAGCCCUUUCCAGCUGGGCUGUUAGUUUUCAGCCUGCAAAAUAUGCUAGAAUUCUGGCCACAAAAGUUGGCUGCAAUGUGUCAGAUACAGUAGAGUUAGUAGAAUGCCUGCAGAAGAAGCCUUACAAAGAACUUGUUGAUCAAGAUGUUCAACCAGCUCGAUACCACAUAGCCUUUGGACCUGUGAUCGAUGGUGAUGUAAUACCAGAUGACCCUCAGAUACUGAUGGAACAAGGAGAGUUCCUCAACUAUGAUAUAAUGUUAGGAGUUAACCAAGGAGAAGGGUUGAAGUUUGUCGAAAAUAUAGUAGAUAGUGAUGAUGGUGUAUCAGCCAGUGAUUUUGACUUUGCAGUUUCUAAUUUUGUUGAUAAUUUAUAUGGAUAUCCAGAAGGCAAAGAUGUUUUGAGAGAAACCAUUAAAUUCAUGUAUACUGACUGGGCUGAUCGCCAUAACCCUGAAACUAGAAGGAAGACAUUGUUGGCUUUGUUUACGGACCAUCAGUGGGUAGCACCCGCUGUGGCUACAGCAGACCUUCACUCAAACUUUGGCUCACCUACAUACUUCUAUGCCUUUUAUCAUCAUUGCCAAACAGAUCAAGUUCCAGCUUGGGCUGAUGCAGCUCAUGGGGAUGAGGUUCCCUAUGUGUUGGGAAUCCCCAUGAUUGGCCCUACAGAGUUAUUUCCUUGCAAUUUCUCCAAGAAUGAUGUGAUGUUGAGUGCAGUAGUAAUGACAUACUGGACGAAUUUUGCUAAAACUGGUGACCCAAAUCAGCCAGUUCCUCAAGACACAAAAUUCAUUCAUACCAAACCCAACCGCUUUGAAGAAGUAGCAUGGACCAGAUAUUCCCAGAAAGACCAACUUUAUCUACAUAUUGGAUUAAAACCUAGAGUUAAAGAGCAUUACAGAGCCAAUAAGGUAAACCUCUGGUUGGAGCUGGUACCUCAUCUGCAUAAUCUCAAUGACAUUUCUCAGUAUACCUCUACAACAACUAAAGUGCCAUCCACGGACAUCACUCUCAGACCUACAAGGAAAAAUUCCACACCAGUCACAUCAGCCUUUCCUACUGCCAAACAAGAUGAUCCCAAGCAACAACCAAGUCCCUUCUCGGUGGAUCAGAGGGACUACUCCACAGAGUUAAGUGUCACGAUCGCAGUGGGAGCCUCUCUGCUGUUUCUGAACAUCUUGGCUUUUGCAGCCCUGUACUACAAGAAGGAUAAGAGGAGACAUGAUGUCCAUCGGAGGUGCAGUCCGCAGCGCACGACCACCAAUGACCUAACACAUGCUCCAGAAGAGGAAAUUAUGUCUCUCCAAAUGAAGCACACUGAUUUGGAUCAUGAGUGUGAGUCCAUCCAUCCACAUGAGGUGGUUCUUCGGACCGCCUGCCCCCCAGAUUAUACUCUAGCUAUGAGGAGGUCACCUGAUGAUGUUCCUUUAAUGACACCUAACACCAUCACAAUGAUUCCCAACACUAUACCAGGGAUUCAGCCCUUACAUACAUUCAACACAUUUACUGGAGGACAGAAUAAUACACUGCCCCAUCCCCACCCGCAUCCCCAUUCACAUUCAACAACCAGGGUAUAG